GCGGAAGCGUUUAUCCAUAAUUGCGCAAUGGGACCUCGAAUACGGCCUCGAAUACGACGUAUAUCCGAGUAGAAUGAUUACCUCGAGAGACCAAAAUCAAACUCAGUGUUGCUACGGGAGCCCUGUGGCCGGUUUACAUUCUUAUCGAACUGCACCAUGGGAGCCCAUGGAACGCCUUCUCGAAACUGACCUUUCAAGGAUCAAAAGUUUGUUAGAAUCCACUAUUUUUGCCCAAAUUUUUAUCCGCAGCAACAGCUUCCAAAAAGCGUUAGGACGCUUUUCUUUGAAGUGUUGUCCUGUGUCUCAGUCUUUCGCGGACGUCACUCUUUUCUUCAAAUGUUUUUUGAUGGCUUCCAAGCAACGAAAGCUUGUUCUUCACAUUGAUGUGAACAACACAAUGUUUGUUGGGGACUCCAAAACCAAGUUAACUGCAUUAGAGGGAGUUCUCAAUGAAUACAUGACUGAGAUCGUAUGGGGAAGGAAAAACGAAGAAGAUGAAUGGGUCCCUGUGGAAAACCCCAUAUCCAGCAAGCCUGCAAGUGAAAAUGUUAUCUCGUAUUACAAAUACGCCGAAGAAAAAUACCAAAACGCUGGAAAGCCGCGAUCCGAAUUCAAAGAACAUGCAAGGCAAUUUACAUUUGAAGAAAUCGGCAAGAGAUUUCGACCGUACGUGGAAAAGGUAAAGGAAAGACUCGAGUGUGAUGCGCCUGUAGUUGAUGGAAUCAUUGAUCCACUAAUCCUCAAAGAGCCACAUGGCAUUUAUUAUCGCAUAGUACCAUCCUUUUUUAAGCUUAUCACCAAUCUCAUAGAGAAAGGCCAAGAGUUCAGCAUCAUUCUCCGCACAUUCGGAGGGGAUGGAGAAACUGCAUUGCAAGCAGUGAAGCUGUUCAUUGACGGCUUGCAUCCUGUCUUCGGCUUUCCAGAAGGAAAAUCUCUAGAUGUUUCAUUUACACCUUACCAAAUUACUGGAUGUGAGGAAGGACUCUCUGUCAGAACAUCUGACAACAAAAAGUUAAAUUGUCCAGAAAAGGUAUAUGUUCUGUUCAGUGAGAAAGCAGGAGUCCAUCUAUUCCUGGAUGACUAUGAAUGGUGGAAGAAACAAGGGUAUGUUAGUUCAGCAGGCAAGCCUCUAUUAGUUGACCCUACUGACUCAAGCAUCCAUCACAUUAUGUUUGAUGACAACAUCAGAGCAUGGGACCCUUCAGAUAACAUUGUCAACUUGAUGGUACGAAAAGAAGGAAAAUUCCAAGAAUGUGAUCCCAAAGAAUUAGACGAUGUCUGCCUUGUUAGAACACAACUUUUUGAGAGUGUGCUUGAUGAGGAUUACUUCAUCGAGAAAGUAGAGAUGUGCCAACAUAAUUAUCAGAAUUAUCUCCAAAAUGCCAAUAAGUAGCCAAGUAGUAGAAUCGUUGAUAGAUCAUUUUUAAUCUUUAAGUCAUCUUGUGGAUGUUGAGGCCAAGGACUGAGGGACAACAUUGUUUAAUCAUCUUAUCCUUAUUGCAAUUAUAUAUCCAUUGGUAGCAUUGCAUCUGAAAAAAAAUAUGGUAUGGGCAAACCUUAUAACACUUAAUUUUCGUGAUAUCAAAAUUUCAUGAUUUUCAGAUGGCGAUAUUUCAUGACACUAGUGUACUCACUUUAUUCCUUGCAUCCCAAUUUUUGAGUCACUUUGCGAAAUUUAAGUGACAUGAAAAUAAAGUGCAAAAAGGUAAUUAAAAUUAAAUUGGUAAGCGCUUUUUUAGAAGACUUUGGUAGGAGGGGAGCAGGUGGCAUGCUAACCUGUGGAAGUAAAUCAUAGGUAGAACAUCACAGCAAACUUAAGCCCUGUGCAAACUGCGCCAGCACCUGCCAGCAUUGCAGUCAAAUUUUUGCUCGACUGACCACAAGACAAAAAAAUGUCAGAAAGUCCAUUUCCUAUUUUGAUAUUUCCUUUGUCCUAUAGUCAGUCAAGCGAAAAUUCGCCAGCAAUUCUGGCAGGUGCUUGGGCAGUUUGCACAGGGCUUUAGUAUGGUAGGAUUGUAUUAGACUGGUCUAGGAACUUGUUUUUUUGUUCGUUGCUGUUCAGUUCCUAUUUAUGGGUUGUAUCUUUUCAUUUCUCAAAUUUAAAUUAGAUUAUUGGAAAAAGAAUUAGGAAUUUUAUGCUUUCAAUGACUACAGUUACUAUCAUCGAUUGUAAUUUGUUAGCGAUUUUUGGCUAGAGAAGGGUUUUUCCUUAUUUGGAAUGUACAUCCAAGGACAAUUGACUCAAACCGUCCCUCUGUGGGAGUCGUUGAACUGUCUUGAAUCAAAACAAAGAUGGCGUAUAAAUGGCAUUUUUUGCUGUCAUCAGAUGUACUGGUUGCACUCUUGUUUGUCUCUUGCUAAGAGAGGACAUGUUUCAACUAAGUGCCGGAAAAGGAAGUAGUAAAUGCACAUGAAAUUUAACGGGAAAGUUAUCGAUGUUUGCCUUGUGAUUCCCAGGUCUGAGAACAUCCAAUUCAGAUACAAAAUGGACACGGUUAAUAAUUAUAUAAGAGUGGUUUCUGUAUUAAACACAAGGGCUUAUACAAUGCGAGCCAAUCAGUUUUGCUAAAGGAUGGUGUGCAUUUUAACAAAAGGGGACAGUAUGCUCUUUAUAGGAGCUAUAGGGGAACACUCCUUAAAGCAAUUAAUUUGCUAUAGCUUGCAAAUUAUGGAGAGGACGAAACAAUAGUGAACUUUUCGAGUACAAAAUGUUUAUUCCACUUACCAAAUAAUUUUAGCAGAUGUCAAUUUGACUGCUAAACAUUUAAGACACCACAAAUAUGUUGAUUUAUUAAAUACACUAGCUUCA